GCCGGGCUCCACCACAGGAAGCUGCUGCGGCCCGCGCCUGGCCCCGCCGCCGGGGCUGCGGACCAGCCAGUUUCACUUUCGCCUUCUCGUCUUCUCCGCUGCUGCAGCCCCCGGGGCCGCCCGCUGCGCGUUCAGGUGCAAGAAAAGAUAAAAACUUCUUUAACACAACUUGGAAAAGCAACAGACAUAAUGGGAUAGAGACGGGUUGAAUACAUGGAGAGAGAAGAAGUGAGCUACCUAAGGAGUGGACCCUCCCUAAUUGGAAUCAGCAACUAAGAGAACCCACCAUGGAUUACUGGAUUUCAUGAACUGACCAGAUCAGCAUUUUGACCGGAACUUGAAUGCCUCAAAGAUUGAAGUGCAGCAGGAACUUGGAUUACUUGAAAGGUUGCUCAGUAAAUCAUCAAUUCAAGCAGGGCCUGUAAUUUUUUUUUUUUUCAACAAAACUUCUCUAUUUAAAAACAUCUGAUUAAGAUCAACAACGAACUACGUGUUCUGUUGCAAAUGGACUUCAUGACAUGUUGGCUUCCUGCUUAAAACACAAAAAGAGGGCAGAUAAACUUAAAGGGACAACAGCUUGUGAUGACAAAGUGCCAAGUGCCAGCUGCCCUCAUUCACCAGAUCGAGCAGGAAUUGGACGAAGAUGAAAAGGAGAUGAUGUUUUUCCUGUGCCGGGAUCUGGUUCCUGAUUUAUCUAAUACAGACAUCAGGGAUCUCCUGGGGGUGCUGAAUGAGAAGGGAAAGCUGCCAUUGGGCUUGUCUGAGCUGUUAUACAGAGUGAGGAGGUUUGAUUUGCUGAGGAGGGCCCUGCAGACAGAGAGAACAGCAGUGGAGACAGAUCUGGCCAGGUAUCCUAGAAUGGUCUCUGAUUACAGGGUGCUGAUGGUAGAGAUUAACGAAGAGCUGGAUAAAAAAGAAGUGGGUUCUCUCAUUUUCCUGCUCAAGGAUUACGUGCCACGUAUGAAAAUGGCAAAAGAGAAGAGUUUCCUGGGUAUUGUCAGUGAUCUAGAGAAACUAAAUCUGGUGGCUCCUAAUCAGUUGGAUUUGAUAGAAGACUGUUUGCAGAACAUUCAUAGGAUAGACCUGAAAAAGAAGAUCCAGCGGUACAAAUGUGAAGCUCUGUCCAACAGUGGUUCUCAGCCAAUGUAUAUAAAUGCACUUCAGGCAUCUCUCCCUAACCUGACUCUCAUUGACCCUCCCUACAGUUCAGGGAUCCAGAACGUGAACAAAGAAAGAUCAUUAAAUGGACAACGUGCCAUUCAGACAGAACCAGUUCACACAUCAGUACAGGAAUCGGGAGCCAUCUCAUCUCAAGUGAAAAAAAAGGUGUACGAUGAUCAGUACAGAAUGCAGAGUCGGCCUUUGGGAAUAUGCCUGAUUAUAGAUUGCAUUGGCAAUGACACAGAUAUACUGGAGGACACCUUUAAAGCUCUAGGCUUUGAAGUUCACUGUUACCGGUAUUUAAGUGUGGAAGCCAUGAACCAGACAUUCCAUGAAGUUGCAAGGUUGCAAAAGCACAGAGACUAUGACAGCUUUAUUUGCGUAUUGGUCAGCCGGGGGAGCCCUCAGAGCAUCUUCUGCACAGACCAGACAUUUCCUGGGUACCCCUUGGAUCGGGUGAAGAAUUUUUUUACUGGAGACUCAUGUCCUGAACUCCUAGGGAAACCAAAGCUCUUCUUUAUUCAAAGCUACAUUGUGCCAACAGAUCAGCAAGAACCCACCAGUCUGCUGGAGGUGGAUGGGAAUGAACAGAAAAUCACUGCCAAUACCAGAAGACCUUGGAACUGUAGUAUUCCCCCAGUAGCAGAUAUCUUUUGGAGUCAAUGCAAGGUGGAUGUGUCUGUGCUAGAAAGGUCACCCAACUCCUCCUCCUCUUAUCUAUGCUGUCUGGCUCAGCUCCUGCGCAAUCCUCAUAAAAGAAAACUCCCCCUAUUGGAUAUCCAUAUUGAGCUGAACAGCAGAGUGUAUGAUUACAACAGGACCUUGGAUCCACAGCAACAAUACACCCUCCUGCUACAACACACCUUGAGGAAAAAACUCUUUUUUCCCCCCUGUUAAAAGCUAAUGGAAAUCGCAUGGGACACAAUGUUAAGACGCAGAUACCCAUUUGGGCUUUUUCUUCAAUUGUCAUUGUUCCAUGCAUUUCUGAAGUGCCUGAGUUGCACCAGAAGCCCACAAGAAGUUAGUACAGCUCACAGAGCACUGGUGUGUUAUGCUCCCACUUAACAGACAGGCUCUCACAUUCUGAACUAACUUCAGCUUCUCAGUGGUCCCAAGAUGUAGCCCUACCUGAAGUGCUUUACAGUAAUCUAAUCUCUCAGUGACAAAAGCCUAGGGAAGCCUAAGGGAAGCCAGGCCUGUCUCUGAAAUAAAAGGUCACACUUGCCAAACCGGGCACAGAUGGAUAAAUGUACUCUUUGCCACAGCUGACCUUGAGUAUCCAGCAGCAGCCCAUGAUUGGAUGAGACUGCUAAUCUGUGAAUCUGGCUAGCAAAUAACAGCCACGUUCGACCAAGCAGAGGAGUUUUUGUAGCUAGUCCCUUUCCUAGGGCUGCUUGCUCCCACCCUUCUAACGUUAUUUCAGUCCCAUCUAGAUUGAGCCUCAGCCAGCUAGACUUAGUACAUGCUCCAGUCUCAGACAGAACCAAAUCACCCAUUCCACUGCAUCUUCAGACUCAGUCAUAAGGGCAGUGUAUUACAGACACUGCAACCUCUUCACAUGCACAAGGUUCAGUUCUUCUGUGCCACUACAUUUGUACAAGACAAAAGACCUCUGCUUAGUAAUUUUAUUUUUUUUUAAUUGCCUUCUCCAUUCCCUAAGGGAACAAUAAGAGAUUGGAUUACCAUAAAUGUAACAAUUCCUUUCCCUUCCACUAUCUACAAGGUCCUGAUCCUGUGAGCUCUGAGGCACGUGAGUGUGCAUGUGAGUACUUUUGGUUGAUCCUCGGUCUUUUUGCAGGAUUGGGGCCUGGAUGAGUCAUUUUUUUAGCUUCUGUCACUGGCCUGACUGUGCUUCCAUCCAUGGCGUGGUCCCAUCUCUUUUUCUCCCCCCCCUCCAGUCUACUUAAAGUAAGUAAACACACAAACCCUGUUGGGAACUAUUUAACUUGGUACAGCUUCCUGUGUAACAAACAAACUAAGGCCUUGUCUACCCUUAGAGUUUGCUGGUAUAGUUAUACCAGCAAACCUUUUCCUAGAGUAGAUGCAGUUGAUAUCAGUUAUAUUUGUUGCUGAUAUAGCUUAUACUAGUUCCCCUAGUAAAAUAAGCCAUGGUUGCAAAAAGGACAUCCACUCAAGGGCUUUUGCCAACAGCUAUGCCAGCAAAAUAUAACAUCCCUAACCGACAAAGCUAUGCAGGCAAAACUUUUAAGGGUAGACCAGGCCUAAGAGAGGGCUGCCAGAGGUGAAAUGCUUGGUGGCUUGGCCAAUAAGUUUGUUUUAGAAGUGGCCAUUCUGUUUCCCAACCCCACCACGUAUUGCCUGCUGUGGGCUUGGCCGUGACUUUCAGUAACUCUCCCUUGAAGCCAGACUGCUUUAACUUUCAUCCAAAAAAAGCACAAGCCUAGAAACAGCUCCUGCAGUCGAAACAGUGGAAGUUUAGCAAUUAGCCCAGAGUUGGGCAAAAUGUGGCUGAGGAAAGAAGACUACAGAGAUGCUGUAGAGAAAAACAUAUUUAUUUAUACUAAUAUAUAAUUUUUGUGUAAUAAAAAUGUGUACAUAUAUAAUACAUAUUAAUAUCUUUAUUUUGUAUGUGUCCUAAUUUUUUAAAAAUUAACACUUUUUGUUUAGUUUGUGUUUUAAUUUCAUAUUCAUUCUGAUUUUAUGCAUAUUAUAUGUAGAGGAGGAAAUGAGAGAUUGUGAUAGGAAUAAGGGGAGUGGUUGGUAAAAGUUUGGGAUGAGUGUGACUCAUGCCAUGUUGUCAGCCCACCGCUACCCAGAGUGGAGUCCCUCCCUGGACCCUGCCUGCCUGCGCGGCUCGGGGGCUGGACUGGGACCAGGACCAGGACAGGAGGAGUGAAACUUCCACACUUGCGGGGAGAGCUGGGCGGAGCAGGGAGAUAAGAAGGGGGGGACUUAAAGUGACAGUGCGCUCACUGUUUCACACUUCCCUUACACACAGAGACUGGCUCUCAUGAGUCACAGUCCCCCAAUACAGAUUGUGUCACACACACACACACACACUGUCCAACACACACUGGCUCUCUCUCUCACAUACACACACACACACACGUAUUGUUGUUAUUACUGCUUGGUACUUCCUGUCAAAAUGCUCGUGGUGAGCCAGGAGUGAUUAGGGUCUGCAGGAAGGCUGUGGCCUCUCGCAAGAUGCAGCCCCUAUGUGACAGCACGAAGCCUGUCUGGAACCACUGCUGCAGCGUCUGCUGCAUACAAAGCUCAGUGUGUGUCAGCUAUUCUGAUCACUGUCCCUUUACAUUUAUCAAAUACAAGCAGCCCUAGAGGAGCCAUUUUUGUAGCUGGCUGAUUGCUGUAUUUCCCUCCUUCACUGCUGUUCUUUUUAGGCUUUUUCUGUCUUCUAUCGUUGAUUUGCUGAUACACCUCCUAACACAGAGGUGGGCAAACUAUGGCCUGCAGGCCACAUCCAGCCUGCGGGACUGUCCUGCCUGGCCCCUGAGCUCCCGGCCGGGCAGGUUAGUCCACGGCCCCUCUCCCGCUGUUCCCACUCCCCUGCAGCGACGCCACUGCAUGGACAGCGCUCUGGCCUGCCGCUCCUGUUGGGCAGUGCAGCAGCAUGGCUGGCUCCGGCCUGGUAAGGGAGGGGGUGUUGCAUAAUGGGCAGGGGUUCUGUGGGGAGUCAGGGAGCAGGGGACAGUUAGAUGGGGCAGAGGGGGGUGGUGGUUAGGGGACGGGGAGCAGAGGGAGUUGAAUAGGGGGUGGAAGCCAAGGGGGUGGUUAGGGGCAGGGGUUCUGGGAGGGGGCAGUCAGGGGUCAAGGAGCGGGGAGUUGGAUGGGUCGGGGGUUCUGAGGGGGCCGCGAAGUGGGAGGGGGUGGAUAGGGGGCAGGGGCCAGACUGUUUGGGGAGGCACAGCCUUCCUUAGCCGGCCCUCUAUCAAGUUGCACAACCCCGAUGUGGCCCUGAGGCCAAAAAGUUUGCCCACCCCUGUCCUAACAUUAGGGCUCUUUCCAAGACUGUCUUUCUCUGGCGCUGUAUUAAUUAGUGGAUCAGCCAUGGAUCCUGUGCUUUUUUUGUGAGCUAUAUGUUAAUCUCUCUAUAGCCUUGUAAUGCGCUGUUGAAUAGUAAGUUCUAGUUGUAUGUAUUUUGUCAGUUUGUUUUUUUAUGUCUAACUUUGAAUAAAUUAAUAUUUCAAAAUUAAUGUCCUUCAAUAACUUGAUGUGUAGAAAAUGAAACAUUAUAAUAGACAGGAGCAAUUUAAAUCAAGGUGAUUUAAAUGUAUUGUUUUUUUUUUUAAUCAAUUUGAAAACGUGUGCUAUUGCAAUUUCAGAUCAUAAUUUAGUUUAUUAUACGUCCUACAUUCUGGGUUUUUUUUUAAAUACCGCUAUUGAUAGAGUCUCUUGUUUGAAAUUUACAAAACUGCCAUAGGCCUAACCACAAAAAAAAAAAAGAAAAGAAAAAGGCCCUGCUCUUGCAAACAAUCAGUUACACAACUUUAUUUACAUGAGUAGUCCCACUGACA